AUGACAAGAAGAACCACGCUUGACGAUAAUAAUCAUAAUCAUGAAGCUGAGAUGACGGCUAUUCAGCUGGUCAGUACAGUGUCUAGAGCUGGUUUGGAAUUGACUGAUCUAGCGUCAGCGACUACUACCAGAAGCAACGAAUCGUCCUUUAUUGAUGUAGAAGAAUCCGGAUUUUCCAAAGAAGACUUAGAAGUGUCACUUACGGCACUGCAUCAGACUCUGCAAAAGCUCAACAAACUUGCAUCGAACAAUGUUCAGUCAGCAUUAGAUAAUGAAUUGGAAAGCGGUGGGUUUAUAGUUGUCAAUAUUAAUAGUCAUGCAAAAAUGUCUGGCUACUUGUUAGCUAUCCGCUUGUAUAAAAUAAUUACAGAAUGUUGGCUGACAUAUGAUAGUUGGAGUUUUGUCCUUUACAGCGAGGCGUGUGAUUAUGUAAGCAUUGUAUCCAGCAGAAUGAUGCGUCACCAAAACACUUAA